AGCUGACAUCCCCGGCCAGACGUUUUCUACCAGCGACAUUUUAUGUCUGCUGGGUGAUCUUGACCAAAUAAUCCAAUAAAAACCCGCGAAAAUGUUGGGUCGCGUCGCGCCAGCCGCCACCCAGGUGACCGCUGUGGUCAACCUGCAGCAAAACAGGAAUAUGGCCACUCUAAAGUCCAUUUCUAUUCGUCUCAAGUCCGUAAAGAAUAUUCAGAAGAUCACCCAAUCCAUGAAGAUGGUGUCAGCUGCCAAGUACACUCGUGCUGAGCGUGAUCUGAAAGCAGCUCGCCCAUAUGGAGAAGGUGCUGCUUUGUUCUACGAGAGAGCAGAGGUCGCUCCUCCAGAAGAUGAGAAGAAGCAAUUGUAUAUUGCAAUGACCUCAGACAGAGGUCUGUGUGGUGCUGUUCACACUGGUGUCUCCAAGGUGAUCAGGAACCGGCUGAGCGAGCCCGGCGCGGAGAACAUCAAGGUUAUUUGUGUGGGAGACAAGUCGAGGGCUAUCCUGCAGCGGCUCUAUGGAAAACACAUCAUCUGUGUAGCUAACGAGAUUGGCCGUCUGCCGCCGACUUUCACUGAUGCCGCGAAGAUUGCCUCCGCUAUCUUGACAUCUGGCUACGAAUUUGGCUUUGGCAAGAUUAUCUUCAACAAGUUCAGGUCCGUCGUGUCGUAUGAGCAGUCUGAUCUGCCACUCUUCAGCCAGCAGUCUGUCCAGUCCGCACCUAAGUUAGCCACUUACGACUCUUUGGACUCCGAUGUCAUUCAAUCCUACAUGGAAUUCUCUCUUGCAUCCAUGCUGUUCUACGCUCUCAAAGAGGGUGCCUGCUCUGAACAGUCUGCCCGUAUGACUGCUAUGGACAAUGCCUCCAAGAACGCCGGAGAGAUGAUUGACAAACUGACCCUCACGUUCAACAGGACUCGGCAGGCCGUCAUCACCAGAGAACUUAUCGAGAUUAUUUCUGGUGCUGCAGCUUUGGAAUAAAGCAUUAUUCAAAAUUGUUCAGCCCCACUUUAAUCGUUUAUUUUUAAACACUAAUAUAUUGUAUUUAAUUUUUCAUCAGAUUUAAGAUCUAAAACCAAUAUAUUGAAAUUUUGAAGGUUUUGAUCUGUUAAUUCAAUAUUUAUUACUGCCUUUAUGUAAUCAAUAGUAUGUACGCAAUGUGCCGACAUUCCCAAACGAGUGUUCGCACUUUAUCCGUAAAAACACGCAUUUACACACACUGGCUUUAAGAUCUUUUACCGAUGUUCUGGGACACUCGUUCGAUUCCCACAGAUUGUAUGGAAGUAAGUUAUGUAAGGAUACAGUGGUGGUUAGCAAUAAAGGUUUUGUUUAGAUA